GGGGAGAAACCUUUUCAGUGCUCAGUGUGUGGAAAGAGAUUUAAGCUGCAUGACCAUCUUAAGUCACACCAAAGAACCCACACAGGGGAGAAACCUUUUGAAUGCUCAGUAUGUGGGAAGAGAUUCAGUCAGAGUGGCACUCUUCUACGGCACCAAAGAACACACACAGGGGAAAAACCCUUUGAAUGCUCAGUGUGUGGAAAGAGAUUCAGGCUGCAUAACCAUCAUCAGAAUCAUCAGAGAAUCCACAAAGGGGAAAAACCUUUCGAAUGUUCAGUAUGUGGAAAGAGAUUCAAGCGGCGUAACCAUCUUCAGUAUCAUCAGGGAACCCACACAGGGGAGAAACCUUUUGAAUGCUCAGAGUGUGGAAAGAGAUUCAGGCUGCAUAACCAUCUUCAGUAUCAUCAAAGAACUCACACAGGAGAGAAACCUUUUGAAUGCUCAGAGUGCGGAAAGAGAUUCAGUACGCAUAACCAUCUUCAGUAUCAUCAAAGAACUCACACAGGAGAGAAACCUUUUGAAUGCUCAGAGUGCGGAAAGAGAUUCAGUACGAGUAGCAGUCUUCAGUUGCACCGAAGAACCCACACAGGGGAGAAACCUUUUGAAUGCUCAGACUGUGGAAAGAGAUUCAGUACGAGUAGCAAUCUUCAUAAGCACCAAAGGACCCACACAGGGGAGAAACCUUUUGAAUGCUCAGUAUGUGGAAAGAGAUUUAGUCAGAGUGGGAGUCUUCAGCUGCACCGAAGGACCCACACAGGGGAGAAACCUUUUGAAUGCUCAGAGUGUGGAAAGAGAUUCAGGCUGCAUAACCAUCUUCAGUAUCAUCAAAUAACUCACACAGGAGAGAAACCUUUUGAAUGCUCAGAGUGUGGAAAGAGAUUCAGUACGAGUAGCAGUCUUCAGUUGCACCGAAGAACCCACACAGGGGAGAAACGUUUUCAAUGCUCAGAGUGUGGAAAAAAAUUCCAUCACAGUGGCAAUCUUCAGUCACACCAAAGAACCCACACAGGGGAGAAACCUUUUGAGUGCUCAGAGUGUGGAAAGAAAUUCCGUCGCAGUGGCAAUCUUCAGUCGCACCAAAGAACCCACACAGGGGAGAAACCUUUUGAGUGCUUAGAGUGUGGAAAGAGAUUUCGUCAGAGUGGGAGUCUUCAGCUGCACCGAAGGACACACACAGGGGAGAAACCUUUUGAGUGCUUAGAGUGUGGAAAGAGAUUCAAACAGAGAAGCAACCUUCAACUUCACCAAAGAACCCACACAGGGCAGAAACCUUUUGAAUGCUCAGAGUGUGAAAAGAGAUUCAGUACGAGUAGCAACCUUCAACUUCACCAAAGAACCCACACAGGGCAGAAACCUUUUGAAUGCUCAGAGUGUGAAAAGAGAUUCAGUACGAGUAGCAACCUUCAACUUCACCGAAGAACCCACACAGGGGAGAAACUUUUUGAAUGCUCAGACUGUGGAAAGAGAUUCAGACAGAGUGGUAGCCUUCAACUGCACCUAAGAACCCACACAGGGGAGAAACCUUUUGAAUGCUCGGACUGUGGAAAGAGAUUCAGUCAGAGUAGCAUUCUUCAACGGCACCAAAGAACCCACACAGGGGAAAAACCUUUUAAAUGCUCAGAGUGUGGAAAGAAAUUCAGUAGCAGUGGUGGUCUUCAACAGCAUCUGAAUAUCCACACUGGGGAAAAACCUUUUGAAUGCUCUGAGUGUGGAAAGAGAUUCAGUCAGAAUGGCAUUCUUUACCGGCACCAAAGAACCCACACAGGAAAAAACUUUUGA